AUUUUAUCUCGCCCACAAGCUGCAGGUGUCAACUAACUAACCCUGUUUUUGAGAAGGAUCGCAAUUGAAUUUCUUUUUGACAGCCUGUCGAAUCGGAUUCUUGGGACGGAACACACAUUGCACAAUGCAGCGCAAGCGAAGCAAGUUCCAACCAAAGGGCUGGGCUGGAGAUUCGGUUCCGCACCACGGGUACACGCCAGAAUAUAAUUCGUGGGCCUUCAGCAAUGGCGUUGUUUCGAUUUAUGCACUUACAGACUGCUACUGAUAGAUUGUGAAGAUCCCAAGACUUGUCUGUUACUGAACAGCUUCACAGACCGUCCAAAAGACCAACCAGUCAUCUCAUCUUGGAGUUACUAAAUCCAGAAAGCAAGACUAUUAGAAACAGCUCUUCAGCUUGAGAAUUGGCAACACAGCAUUAAGCACGAACUCUAGCAAUGGGGAAGCUACUCCUCCUUCCUGCCGAGGUGGCUGAUCUACCCAAGAUCCUCGAGGGCCAACGAUUGGCAUUCAGCGAUCCUGUCGAGCCUUUCUUUUUCGCUCUCUUCCCUGAAACAGAGAGGAAGGCGAACUUCGAGCAACAGGUCAAGAGGACAGAGGCUUGGUGGACUGGCGACCCGAGUGCGAAGUACAUGAAGGUUGUCGAUGAAGAGACUGGACAGAUUAUCAGCGCUGCAAAAUGGUGUAUUUAUGAAACACCCCUCACGGAGGAGCAGAUGAAUGAGGAGUUGGUCGUAGAUUGGCAUUCUGAUGCAGAAUCCAACGAGUGGGCACAGCACAUCAUCCAUGGUGUCCAUUCGCACCGCCUCCGCCGUACCAAAGGCGGAGUAUGCUGUGUUCUCGACAUGAUGUCCACCCACCCUGACCAUCACCGACGCGGAGCUGCAAAAAUGCUCGUACAGUGGGGCUGUGAUAUUGCGGAUAAGAUUGGAGCUGAGGCUUUCAUUGAGGGAACUGCCAUUGCGAGACGGCUGUAUGAGAGUUGUGGAUUUGUGGCUACGCCUACUGACUGGAUAUUUGUGGAUGUGCCUGAGAAGUUCAAAGAUAAGCCGCGGAUUAAGUACUAUUUCUUUGAAAGACAACCCAGGGCUAAGGUCGUAGAGAGUGCGAAAGGUGUGGUCAGUGUUAAUGUUAGAGAGGCUGUCGUGGAGGAGGUUUUAUGAACGCAGAGUUUGUGCAACUUCGAGGAUUGAAACUAGAAAUGGUAGAAAUUGAGACUCCAAUUUGAUCAGCGCCAGGUACUUCAUAAGUAGCAAGUAUACGAUCUGAUGAGCGU